UUUUACCUAUUUCAGUGUCAGUAAUAACACGUAAUAUUACUUAACUGUGUGAGGAAGUUAAUCAUUCAUUUAUUAGUUACCUAUUACUGAUCGUUGUUCUUAAAUUGAUAUCUUGAAAUAGUUCGUAAAUACAGGUGAGUGAAUAUUUUAUUUCGAUUAACCUUUCUCAGGGUAUUAAAAAUGAUGAUUUUCGGAUCGUUAUCAAGUGAACGACGUUAUCAAUACGUAUAUGUAUUAUGUAUAUUUAUUUAUUUCAUUUUGCUGAAUCGUACGUAUGGCAAAGUAGUAUAUUUUUAUUUAUUCAUUUUUGCAAAGAAGAUGACAAUAAUUAUAUAAAAUUUGGAUUUACCUCGAUAGAAAGUAACGGGGAAAUAAAACCACAGUGCGUUAUAUGCGCAACCGUUCUCGCAAAUGAAGCGUUAAAACCAGCAAAAUUGAAACGCCACUUAGAAACGGUACAUCCAGAUUUAUCUAACCGCCCGCUUGAAUUCUUUCAAGGAAAAUUAGAGGUCCUAAAAAAAAUGAAACUCGGGCCUAGCGGCUCGAGAUUUGCAACAUCGGAAAAGUUAUUAGUAGCGUCGUUUGAGAUUUCUAAAUUAAUAGCACAAUCUAAAAAGCCACACACAGUUGGAGAAACACUCGUAAAACCUUGUUUGAUCAAAGCCGUCGAAGAAGUUUUGGGAUUAGAGGCCAAGAAAAAAAUACAAGACAUACCUCUGUCCAAUAACACGGUCAAAGCUCGAAUUGAGCUUAUGUCAAGUGAUAUAGAGGAGCAACUUGUGUCAAGAAUAAAAAAAUCGCCAUUUUUCGCUUUGCAGUGUGAUGAGUCGACCGACAUUUCAAAUUGUUGUCAACUACUUGUAUUUGUUCGCUUUUUAGACGACGACAACAUAAUUAAAGAAGAGUUAUUGAUUUCCCGGGAACUGGACACAACAUCAAAAGGUAUCGACGUCAUGAACUCAAUAUCCGAAUUUUUCGAGAAACAUAAUCUUAUGUGGGAUAAACUCGCUGCCCUCUGUACCGAUGGUGCUCCAGCAAUGUUGGGAUCACGUUCCGGGCUGGCGACAUUAGUAAAACAGAAAAAUCCUAAUGUAAUUACAACGCACUGUAUCAUACAUCGCCAGGCGUUGGCUUCAAAAACUCUUCCUGGAUGCCUCAAUGAUACACUAAAAAUGGCCAUAAAAAUUGUAAAUCUUAUUAAAAGCAGCGCCUUAAAUACACGACUUUUCAAAAAGUUAUGCACUGAAAUGGACUCUGAUCACGAGACACUUCUCUUUCAUACCGAAGUUCGAUGGCUAUCGAAAGGUAAUAUGCUGGGAAGAUUAUAUGAACUGAGAGCAGAGGUUGAGAUUUUUCUGGGUGACAAAAAAAAUAAUGAUUUGUUGAAACAAUUUACUAAUCUGGCGUGUCAGAUGGACUUGGCGUAUCUUGUGGAUAUUUUCACACAUUUAAAUAAAUUAAAUAUACAACUGCAAGGUUCCGGAAACAAAAAAUUAGAGAAUGUCGCAAAUAUAUUCAUUUUUGAAGAUAAACUUCGUGCUUUUAUCUGCAAACUUCAAUUGUGGUUACGUAAAAUUGAAGAAAAUAAUUAUUCUGCGUUUGCGACAUUACAAUCACUUGUGGAAGACAAAAAGUAUGACGCUUUUACAGCAAAUAUUCAAGAAAACAUUAAGACUCAUUUACAUAUGUUGAUUGAUGAAUUCAAUCGUUACUUCCCAGAAUAUAACGAAGAAGCUAAUCUUGAUCAAAAAAUGAUUCGUAACCCUUUUAGCACGGACGCUAGUGAAGUUAUAGAAAUAUAGAAGAAAUCCAAGAAGAGCUCAUUGAAUUACAAAAUGACAGAAACUGCAAGGAUGCUUUUGAAUCGAAUUCACUUGAGUCAUUUUGGUGUAAAAAAGCACUUUCUUAUACUAAACUUCGAGAAAUCGCCUUACGCUAUUUUAUCGUUUUCUCAACCACUUAUUUAUGUGAACAAGGAUUUUCUGCUUUGCUGGUAUUAAAAAACAAGGCGAGAAAUCGUUUGAAAGUAAGUGAUGAUUUACGUGUGGCUCUGAGUAACAAUAUCAGUCCUAUGAUAGCCGAACUCGUGAAGAAGAUGCAAGCUCAGAAAUCGCAUUAAUUUAAUUACGAAAGUUUAUCCUAAAAUGUUAUUAUUUCUUUUUAUGUAAUUCAUAUUAGAGUUUGAAUUAAAGUUUCAGUUUGAUUAUUACAGUUUAUUUUACUACACUAAAAUUUAGUUAAUUAAUAACUAAAUAGUGGUCCCUGCCGAAAAAACUAUAUCAAAGUGGUCCCUGACCAAGAAAACGUUGGGAACCCCUGAUCUACAUCAACCGAAUUAUUUAAGACAAAUAAAUCACUACUCGAAACUAAAUGACA